AUGCGUACUGUUGCAGUAAAGCAAAUGCAGAAAUUAAUCACUACAGCCUUUGAAGCACCCUUUUAAUUCAUGCUCUUGACGUUUGAGUACAUAUCACUUGGUGUAGUAGGAAAGGUUGAUCAGAAUAGUGGCACGAAAUAUCCAUUCACUGUACCAUCAUUGUUAAAAUUGUAUCCAACUUUCACUAUUGCAAGUUUAGUUAAUGAUAAUUAAUUACCUAAAACGCCACAUAUAGAUGCUUAAAAUCCUGCUAGAAAGUUGUAUCUGUAAUCAUGA